CCGUUGGCCCAGGAGGGAACAGCGACAGCAGCCUUUUGCCGGGAAACUUGUUCAGCCCCGCACUUCCACCCCCCCGGACUGGUUCGCAACUCCGACGCCGCUGGAACGCCUUCGGCCUCUUUUCCCCGCCCCUCAGGAGGCGUCACUAGGCUCCUCCCUUUCACGUCUGUUACGUUUUCUCUUCUAUCCGCCCUUUUGUUUCGUCACAAGGUUUGGGUGAUCGCUCGCGUAAAGUCUGAGCCCUCCCGACUCCGCCCCUCUAAGUUACGUCAUCACCGUCGCCCACAUUCUUUCAGUUAUGUCACCGCCCCUUGUUCCCCGGCUCUCGGUUACCUUCCCCUUGGCCCCCACUACCCCUUCCACUUCCCCUCCUCCCUCUCCCCUCCCUCCCUCCCCUUCCUUCCUACCCCUUUUCCCUCUAUCUCCCUCCCUCCAUGACCUCUUCUCCGCCUUUCGUCUUAGAACUUUCAGCCCGGCCGCCCUCACCUCUCGAAAAAUGUUUUAGCGACAGCCCCUACCUUGCUGGGUCUUCGCCGCCCUCCGGGAAAGGAUUCAACCCCAUCCUCACCCUCGAGCUGCCUCUCGCGCCCAGGAAAGGUUACAGUGAUCACCCUGACCACGCUCCUGGCCUUUCCCCAAACCCAGGCAAAGUGUGUAGCGACUCCCCUCUCCCCCUGGAGUCUCCCAACUUCUCCAGAGACCCGUUCUGUGGCCUCACCUGUAGGCCUGGAAUUUCUUCCCUAAUCGCCACGCCCCCCUCCCUACCCCCACCUCCUCCAUCCCCACCUCCACAGCCUCCCCUGCGCCCCGGGAGAUGUUCUUUUGAACCCUGUUCUCCACUCCUUGGAAGGCCUUUCUGCCGCGAGCCUAUCCUCUCGUGUUCGCCCCCUUCGAGCCCUUGUUUUGAUCGGUUCAGCCUUCUGGGGUCACCCCCUGUUCGUCCACGGAGCCCUUAUUGCAGCUGGAUCAGUCCCCCGAGAGUACCGCGUCCCUGUGCCCGAAGCCCUUGCAUUGACGAGCAGACUUACCUCUGCUAUUGUGGUAGAUACCCUUCAGCCCUGAUAACUAGCCCGGGGACUUCCCCUUCUCUCGCUCAUCGGCCCUUGAGAACCAGUCCCGUGACUUCUCCUAUGCUCCCUCAUGGGCCUUUGGAAACUGGACACGUGAUUUCAUCUUCCCUUACUCCUGGGUCCCAGGGAACUUGCCCCAUCACUUCACCUACUCUUACUCAUAGGCCCCUGGGAACUGCCCUGGUUAUUUCACCUCCUCUUGCUCACCGGUCGGUGGAAAUUAGAUCUGUAGUUUCCCCACCCCUUUCUCACAGGGUUUUGGAAACUGGGCCCGUGAUCUCCCCUCUGCUUUGUCCCUGGUCUUCAGGCAGAAGUUACAAUGACCCUCCACCUUCCCCAACAUCUUCCGCACUCACUGACAGCUUUUGCCAUAGCUUACUUAAGCCUCCAGACUCUUGUGAACCUAAACCACAGCUUGACCUGCCCCUUGGGAAAAAUUGCUGUGGCUCCCCACUUUCUUCUCAGGCAGGCAAAUCUGGCUCUCCCAGCUCACCUCAGGAGGGCUCUUUUCACUAUUCCCAUAUUUCUCAAGAGACCCACAUACCUGCCCCUGGGAGCCCGUGUUGUGCCCUCCGCCUGCCUGCUCAGAGUACUUGUUCUCCUUGCUCACCUCAGUGCCAGGCUCCCGUGAAGCCUUGCUUUGAGUCCAUUUUCACCUGGGAGACUGGUGGGAACUCUUGCCUCUUUGUAGAGCCAGGCACCGCAAUUUCUUGUCCUCCCUGCCCCAAGGAACCACCUCUUUCCCUAACCUCUCAUUGUCCUUAUUCUGUCUUCUCCUUCCCUUCACCCCUGAGCAACCAGUUUAUAUCUCCACCCCAGUCACCCCCCCGCAGAAGCUAUAACGAACCCCCUCUUCCUACCCCAGCUGGCCCACAAGUGAAGUCCCCCAAAUCCGCAGAGUUAAAACAACCACGUGCUCUCCACAGAUGUCGCUCCCUGAUCAUCCCUCUCCAGCACACUACUCUUGACCUCCCCAGACCCCCCAAGGCCUGUGCCUCUCCUCCACCUCCCUCCCACCCUUCUGGUCCUUCUUGUACGGUGACAUCCUUUACCACUUGCUCAAAUCCCUGCCCUAAAGAACUUCCCCAAGGAACUCCCUUACCUACUGUGAUCCCUAGAACUCUUAAACCUGUUCUCCCCACUUGUCUUCCCCUUCGCCUUCCUUUUUGUCCCGUUCCGCCCAGUAGUUGCGUUCAGAGCACCUCCUGCGGAAUUCCUGUAGGACCCCCGUGUAGUACCCAUAUAUAUUCUGUGGUUCCCCCGACCUCUGAUCCUUGCCCACUCCUUGGUCCCCCUCAGUGUCAUAAACUGACCAUGGUGCCCCCCUGUGGCAUCUUUAGCGCUCCCAGGGGCCCACCCCAAUCUCAUCGCCAGCCUGUGCCACCUCCCUGUUCCACCCACAUCUAUUCUUUUAUCCCAUUGCGAACACCCUUUGAUCCUCAAAGUUUACCCAUUGCCCCCCAAGCUCGGGGCCAUCCUAUGGCCUGUGAUACUAUGCCCUGUGGCCUUCAUGUCUACUCUGUGGCUCCUCGAGGCUGCUGCAAAGAGCCCCCCAAGGUUCCCUAUAGCUGUCCUUUGCCUUCGACGAAGAAUUCCAGCUGUAGCACUGAUCUCAGCUGUAGUUCAGCUAUUGUUAUCAGUGAGUGCUGCCAGAGUAGUGACAACCAGAGCAAAAAUACCCACCAAGGCAGAAAUCGGAGCCAGGCUGAGAAUACCCACCACCCCAGAAGAAGUAGAAGUCAAAGCAAGAGUCUCCGUCCUCAAAGAAGUCAGAGCCGGAAUGGGAGUCCCAGUAGCAAGAGAAGUCGGAGCCCGAGCAGUAGUCCCCACCAAAGCCCAAGUCAGGAUAAGAGCGAGGGUCUUCAAUGUAGUGGAAAUCAGGGCCAGAGUGAGAGUUCUCAACGGAGCAAAGGCCAGGGCAUGGGCAAGAGUACCCUCCAUGACAAAAGUCAGAGUGGAAAUAAGAGUCCUCGCCACGGCAAAAGGCGGGGCCGCAGCAAAAGUCCCCACCAAAGCAGGAGCCGGAGCAAGAGUCCUCGCCCUGCCAAAAGUCAUGGUCGGAACAAGAGUCCCCGCCGUAACAAGAAAUAAGGGCCAGAGGAAGAUUUCUGCCCAAACCAAAAUAUGGGCCAUAGCGAAAUGAACAGACAGUAAUAGGACUAGCCCAAGAGGACUAGUAAUAGCCCAAGUGAGGAUCCCAGCUGUGGCAACGUGGACAGAACUGAGGACCCCUCAGAUGACGUCUUCAUUUUCCUUUUAAUCUGUUUAUGCUCUGCAAGCCCAAAUCCCGUCC